AGCUUCUUGGUUGAGCGUUCCAAUUUCUCCCAUUUUAAUAGAAGUGGCCCAUCUCUGCUAAAUUAUCUCUGGCCGAAAUCAGGGAGCGAGAGAGCACGAGCAAGCAUUCGGAGUGGAUUCGUGUCGACUGUCCAGAGUCCGCGAAUUCAAGUCCGUCCAACAGGAGAAAACCUGAGAGCGAACAUCAUUUACCAACAUUUCCACGAGAAGCGGAGCAUCAGUUCAGACAGAGGGGCAAAUUACUUGAAGAUUAUGUCACUCCACCAGUUUCUGUUGGAACCCAUCACAUGCCAUGCAUGGAACCGGGACAGGACCCAAAUUGCCAUCAGUCCAAACAAUCACGAAGUUCACAUAUACAAGAAAAGUGGAAACCAGUGGGUUAAAGCUCACGAAUUAAAAGAACACAAUGGACACAUCACAGGGAUUGACUGGGCUCCUAAAAGUGAUCGUAUUGUGACUUGUGGAGCGGACCGAAAUGCUUAUGUGUGGAGUCAGAAAGAUGGCUUGUGGAAACCCACCCUUGUAAUUCUCAGGAUCAACCGUGCUGCCACGUUUGUGAAAUGGUCUCCACUGGAGAACAAGUUUGCAGUGGGGAGUGGAGCACGGCUCAUAUCCGUUUGCUACUUUGAGUCUGAAAACGAUUGGUGGGUUAGUAAACACAUCAAGAAGCCCAUCCGUUCGACUGUCCUCAGUUUAGACUGGCAUCCAAACAAUGUGCUUUUGGCAGCUGGGUCAUGUGACUUCAAAUGCAGGGUAUUUUCUGCAUACAUCAAGGAGGUGGAUGAGAAACCAGCUCCAACCCCAUGGGGGUCCAAGAUGCCCUUCGGGCAGGUGAUGGCAGAGUUUAGCGGGGCAGGAAGUGGAGGGUGGGUUCACAGUGUGUGUUUCUCAGCCAGUGGGAACAGACUGGCUUGGGUCAGCCAUGACAGCACUGUAACUGUAGUGGACCCCACAAAAAGCUCAACGCAAAGUCAUUUGAAGACAGAAUUCCUUGCCCUUCUGAGUGUGACUUUUGUUUCUGAGAACAACAUUGUGGCAGCAGGUCACGACUGCUGCCCUAUGCUGUUCAGUUUUGAUGAUGGUGGAACCUUGACCUUCAUAUCCAAGUUGGACAUUCCAAAGCAGAGCAUCCAGCGCAACAUUUCUGCUAUGGAGCGCUUCCGCAACAUGGACAAGAGGGCCACCACUGAGGACCGCAAUAGCACCCUAGAAACCCUGCAUCAGAACAGCAUCACCCAAGUGUCUAUAUAUGAAGGAGACAAAAGAGAUUGUCGCAAAUUCUGCACUACAGGAAUUGAUGGAGCAAUGACCAUAUGGGACUUCAAGACUUUAGAGUCUUCAAUCCAAGGCCUACGGAUCAUGUAAAACUCACGCUGAACCAGCAUGACACAGCACAAGCAAUGUGGCUUGAAGACUAACAAGGAGAUUUCCGAUAACACUUCUGAAAGUUUUUAAAUGAAAAAAAAAAGCACUGAGCAGUGGUGUGAACUGAUGUUUGACACUCUUAAAAUGGAAAAAACACUAAUGGAAAAAGGGUUUAGGAAGUUUUUCUUUUCUUUUUUUUUCUUCUCUUUUUUAAGAAAAAACAAAUCUAUGCCAAAGCUGGCACCCCAGCAGUGUGUGACGGUUGAUCAAGAUGUUCUGGCUCUCCAGGGGAACCGGAGAGUUAAAUUAAAAGGAGAAUUUUAUGUAAAUGGUCUGCUAGAAAUAAAUUACAUAUACUACACACCA